AUGAGUUUCCGAGGAAGAGAGUACCGCUACUACUACGAGGAGGACGACGACGAACUUGAUACAAUCUCACGGCUAUCCGAACCCCGAUCUUCACACGGUGGAAGAUACUCUAUUAAACGCUACGUCAUUGCGCCUGACGCCCGUUCCCACCGCGACGAUUCUGGAAGCGAGAUACUGCCCCGCCGCCUUAGCACUAUGGACCGUCGCCAGGAGUAUGAAUAUAUUGACGUCGACCACGACUCCUACCGGGGGUCAACAUACGCCCCUCAUGAUGACCAUGAGUAUCAGAUUGUCCGCCAUCACACCGAUGGUGUAGAGGAUCGCACCGUGGUCCAUCGCUCACCCCACGACUCUGACUACUGGUAUGAGCGCCGCAUUCGAGAAUACGAUGAUGAUCCUCGCGAUAUCGACGACCGCUACUCGGAUCGCUAUUCAGAUCGUUAUUCCGAGAGUCGCUCAAGUUUAGGGCACCAUCACCGGCAUCAUCGCCGCGACCGUGAAUAUGGCAGUGAUGACGAGCAUGACCACCGCCGCAGACACAUGGCUGAGGGUGCCCUUGCCGGUGUGGGUGCCGCGGAGCUCUGGCGACGCAAUAGCAGAAAGGACAAGGGAAAAGAGCACUCUGGCACCCUUUCACGUUUAACCAAGGAUCUCAGCGCAGGAGCAGUGGGCGCAUAUGCUGUAGACGCCAUAUCCAAGCAUCGCAGCAAGUCCCGCCACCGUGCUGACUCUCUCGAUCGUGGCCGUGAUCGUGAGCACUACCGGCACAGACAUCGCUACCACAGCAAGCAUCACCGUAGCCGGUCCCGCCAUGGCCGUAGCCGCUCACGUCACCGCUCUCGUUCGUCUUCGGCCCAUUCACACACCAAGACAAUUGCCGGCCUUGGAAUUGGCGCCGCUGCCAUUGCCGGUGCCGUGGCUCUCGCCCAUAAACAUGCGGAAUCCAAGGCCGAGAAAGAAAAUGCCCUCAAGGCCGAGAAACGUCGCGGCCGUAAGAGCCACUCCCGUCGUCGACGCCACAGGCGUGACUCUCGAUCCACGUACUCUUACUCCUCCGACACAGAGGACUCGGAGCAGCGUAGGAAAAAGUCGAGCGAACAGCGCAACCAACGCAUGGCAGAAGCCGGCCUUGCUGGAGCUACCGUAGCAGGCCUCGUUGAACAUGCCCGCAGCAAGUCACGCUCUCGCAAGGGCCAUCGCUCUCGAUCUCGAUCCCAUAGCCGAAUAAGGCAGGGUAUACCUAUUGCUGCUGCGGGACUGGGCAGCGCAGCCAUCGCCGCAAUGUAUGAGAACAAUAAACAAAAGAAAGCCGAAAAGAAGCAUGAGAGCGAGAAAGAAGAACGUCGCCGUUCUCGUUCCCGGCGUCGUCGAUCUCAGUCUACUUCUUAUGAAUCAACCGAAUACGGCGGAUCUGACAGUGACGGACGACGCAGAAGGAAGGACAGGAAGGACAGACGUCAUAGCCGUCACGCAGUAGGCAUGGGACCGAUCACCAUGAUGGAAAGCACGAUAAUGGUCGGGCUGAACAUGACAGGGACUACCGUGAUCCAUACGAAGAGGAAUAUCCAUCGCCUUCUGGUCCACCUCCAGGAUCUGUUCCAUAUCAACAUCCUCCAGCAGCACAGGAAUACUACGGUGUUCCUCCCCCAGCAGGGCCACCUGGGGGGCAAGGAUAUCCACCUCCACCUGGACCUCCCCCAGGCCCAGGUUACUUUGCCGGCCCGGGCCCAGGAGGACCUCCUGGGCACAACGGAUAUACAAGAUAUAGGGGAGAUGAAAAUUACACGGCUAAUAGGAGCAGGUGUAAAGGUUCCACAGACAUCUCACCAGAACGAGAAUGGGCCCGGAGAUAAAGGGUUUGAAAAUGGAACCUCAGAGAGAUCUUUAUUCGAAUCAUCCGCUUCAAGCCCCGUUCAAAACAAUUCACCCUCAUCAUCUGAACUUUCAUCACCAUCGCCUCCACCCUUUCCACGCUCCCACAAGGACAAAGUGUCUUCCCGCCGUAAAUCCGUCCAGUUUAACCUUCCCUCGUCCUAUGACGGGUAUGAAAGCGACGACAGUGAUUCUGCUUCUGAUUCCGAUGUAACUAUUGACUACGACAGACGACUCCAUCCUAGAGACCAUCGCCAAUCGAAUUUUUACUCUCGUUCUCGUCAUUCUCAUGAUCGUGAGCAUGACAUUGAUAGCAACAGUGUCUCAUCAGUUUCAUCUGCUGCUACAUCUGAUUCCUGUUCUUAUUCAUCUUCCCGUUACCCUGAAAGAUAUCAUGAAUCCACCAAGCACCCAGCACCAGCACAAGUUCGGCGUGAAACCGACCCGGACUCGGAUUCUACCAUUGAACUUCCUCCUAGAUUUGAUGAGCAUGGCCGGCUUCUUGAUACUUCAUCGUCAAACCGGCCAGCGCAUUUUAGAGAGAGGUAUAUUUUCAUGGCACAAUGA